UGUAUGUAUAAAGACCCCUUGUUGCAGACACUGCCGCCGCUUUGAUGCUGGUUGUUCUCCCGCUGUAGAACCAUGUCACUUAUCGUCGCGGUGUGCUGGCAAGUUCAAUUCAGCACUGCUAGUACUAAUACUAACGUCAAUGAUUUCCUGGGGCUUCGCUGGAGGGAGUUGUUCUAUGAUACACUCACGCCCUCUCACUUCGUAUUUGCUUGUGUGACAUCUUUGCUCGUGACAGAAGUGCCGAACUCUAGUAGGUCGGCUGCUCUAAGCGAGCCUGCUUUGGCUUAUUUUGGGCUUUUGACGGGAAAGGAUGGGCGUUGUAGAGCGCGACAUAAAAAAAUACAUAUACGGUAUGUACAAACAAAACAUUUCAGCGCUUGCUUUAAUCCUGUUAUGCUUGGUUGCAAGUUGAAAGCGGUUUCAAGCUACGCUCUGUUCCUUUGCUGUUUGUCGGUAUUCUUUUUCAGUUAGGUAUGCCUUCUUUGCAGUUCAAUUAUAAUCGAUGUUCCCUGCGCUACGUCAGCUAUUAAUUCUUCUUGGAUCGUCCCAAUGGUUGCUGGCAUUCCUGACCG